AUGGCGACGGCGGCGGCGACGGUUCCUUUGUUGGGUGGACUUGUUGUCUGCAAGCAAUAUAAUGAAAAAAGUGGGCUUUUUGCAGGGCUCCGGCUGACUGAGGAAGGGAAGGAGGUCGGGGAUGGCAUGCCGUCGGCCGGCGACGUUCACUUGUACGCCCGCCAGAUGUUCGACCGAACGCUUCUGUGGAGAAAGAGCAAAACCCAGUGGACGUCGAGCGGCCCGGACGGCCUCAGCGCCCUCCCGGACGACGCCAUCCGCCACGUGAUCGGCUUCCUGCCGGCGCGAGACGCAGUGCAGACGAGCGCGCUCGCCCGGGGCUGGCGCAGCCAUUGGAGGUCCAUGCACAGCCUCCGCUUUACACCAGUUGCCGGGUCGGUGACCGUCGCUGGGCUGAAGAGGUUAGUAGGCCCCCUGUUGCUAGAUCUCCGUACACCUCUCGAUGAAUGUGUCAUCGAUGUCAAAGGAUUCUGGCAGCUCCACGGCGAACUCAACAGCCUGAUUCGGCAUGGCGUGUCCGAGUGCCGAGUUCGAGCUCUCACAGUCAGUCUGGUAGACACGCACAGAGCAAUAUAUGGGCAGCCUCUCGUUUCCAGGCACUUGGCGAGAUUGGAGCUUCGCCAUGUAACAGUGCCAGCAGAAUGCACGGUUCUUGAUUUUUCAAGUUGCAUGGAGCUGGAGGAUCUUGUGAUUUCUUGCUCUCAGAUCUAUGCUAACAAGCUCUCGUCCCCAUCCUUGAAGCGCCUCAAGAUUGAGGAAUGCUGCUUAUUUCCAAGGGGCUCCGUAACUUGUAUUUCUGCCCCGAAUAUUGUUUCACUGGAACUGGAUAAUAUUCGUAUUACAACUCCUUGGCUUGAGCGUAUGCCGUUACUGGAAACUGCAUGUGUCAGGCUUGGCCACAGCUGGCCUUUGCAUUGUCAAUGCGGUGUUGCCUGGCGCUCUUGUGGUGUAUGUACAGAACUCCACUUAAUGGAGCUAGCAAGCUUCUCGAGUGCUACGCAUCUGGAAUUAACAGCACCCUAUGUGAAGGUACACACAACACUUCAAGUCUCACUUUCCCUUCAUUAA